CUCCUCUGGCAAAUCGGGCCAAUCGUUGCUGGAUUUUACUCUCUUCGAUCCACAUUCAAUGCUAACAGUUCAUGCAUGCCGUAACCUGUGCGGGUGUUUUUCUUAUUUAUUUUUCGCUACUGCUCAUUACGUAAUUCCACGUCCUCGCCCUCUUUUGUUUAUCAACGGGACAGUCUGACGUCAUCACCCAGCUCCGGGGGCGGGGGGCUCGCGGCUGCUGCUUCCAGACAAGCUACUAGAAACAAACCGCAGCGGUGCUUUAGCUUAGCUAGCCGCUGUCUGAAAAAGGAGACCGAAGACGACUGUGGUCAGUGGUACUAAGGCACGGCUGAAUGUGUGCAGAUAAAGUAGUGCGCGCUUUGCACUGACUCGAGUCUUUUAUGCAACCCGUCCUGCUCACCAGACACAACGAUGUCCGAGGCUGCUAACACUACUUCUACAGACAACAACGGAGACUCCGGGCUGAACGGGUCCUGGGUGGAGUUAGAGAUGAACAGAGGCACAGCCGGAUCAGCCCAGCCAUCCUCCACAGACGGGCCGGCCCCAGGCUUGCUGCCCCUCCCUCAGGUGGAAGAGGAGGAGGCCAUGGUGGGGGGACUGGAGCACGUCCCGUCCUCGUCCUCGAUCCACAAUGGAGACAUGGAGAAGAUCCUGCUGGAUGCCCAGCACGAGUCGAGCCGCAGCAACUCCUCCUGCGACAGCCCUCCGCGACCCCACAGUCCCCAGGAUGAUGGACAGAUCAUCUUUGACGUGGACGUGAGCGGCAGAAGAGACAGCCAAUCAGAGGAGGACGUCUUGGACAAGGAGAGGGACAUGGACAUCCUGAUGAAGGACGCAGAUUGGGUUGCUGACUGGUCUAGUCGACCGGAAAACAUUCCCCCCAAGGAGUUUCAUUUCCGUCACCCUCGACGCUCAGUAACACUCAGCAUGAGGAAGACUGGGGCCAUGAAGAAAGGAGGCAUCUUCUCCGCAGAGUUCCUCAAGGUCUUCAUCCCCUCGCUGCUACUAUCACACAUCCUGGCUCUGGGGCUGGGAGUCUACAUCGGAAAGAGGUUGACCACGCCACCCGCCAGCUCUUUCUGAACCCGAACCUGAAGAAAAGUGCCUGAGAAGUGGCCACGAGUUGUUGGAGAAAGUUUUGCUGUCGUGAGAAGAACGCCUGUCUCUCCUCCCUCUGUUCGCCGCCCU